CUCAUUCCCAAAUCCCAAACACACAGCGGAAAAGAGAGAGAGAAAGAGAAAGAUGGAUAGAAUGGAAAUAGAAGGGAAGACGACGCCGUCGAGGUUCAAAAGGAUAUGCGUCUUCUGCGGCAGCAGCUCGGGCAAGAAACCCACCUACCAGGAAGCUGCGGUUCAGUUAGGCCAGGAACUGGUGGAGAGAAGGAUUGAUUUGGUGUAUGGAGGUGGAAGCGUGGGAUUGAUGGGCCUUGUUUCUCAGGCUGUUCAUGAUGGUGGCCGCCAUGUUCUAGGGGUUAUUCCGAGGACUUUAAUGCCAGUAGAGAUAACGGGAGGAUCGGUUGGAGAAGUUAGAGCUGUAUCAGAUAUGCACCAAAGAAAAGCCGAAAUGGCACGCCAAGCCGACGCAUUCAUCGCCUUGCCAGGAGGUUACGGAACCCUAGAGGAACUGCUCGAGGUCAUCACCUGGGCUCAACUUGGCAUCCAUCGCAAGCCCGUGGGUUUGUUGAACGUGGAUGGUUACUACAAUUCUUUGUUGAGUUUCAUCGAUAAGGCUGUGGAUGAAGGGUUCGUCUCGCCGAUGGCGCGUCGAAUUAUCGUCUCCGCACCGACUGCCAAAGACUUGGUCAGACAACUUGAGGAAUACGAGCCUGAGUAUGAUGAAGUAACAGCCAAGUUGGUGUGGGAGGAGGUGGACAGAAGAAACUACGUGGCCGAACCUGGCGUCGCCACGUGAUAAUAAAUGGAACAAACUGCACCGGCGGGAAGUCGGAGCAUGGUCGGUCGGGCGUUUUAUUUACCGGAGGGGAGGCUUUUUCGGCGCCGGCGGCCGGGUGGCGGAGGAUGCUUCAGGGAAUGAAAAGCUUGGUAGGGCAGUUUGAAUUUGAUUAAUUAAUUUGCUUUUCGGGAAGGAAUUAAUGUAGGGGUGGGGUUGAUUAAUUAGUCUCUAUAUAAUAUAUUUUAUAUGAUAUAAUGAUAUAAGAAUAUGAUGAUAGUAGUUAGCUAAAAUGAUGGGAAAGAAAGGGAGUUAGAGUUGGGGGAUUGAAAUGGGAAUGUGUUUGUCCCUUUUUGUAAGAAACUGAAAAGUAAAGUGAUGAAAAUGGA